GCCUUGAGCAUGAUGCUGUUUAAUGCCACACUACUGUAGUGCCGAAGCGUAGAAGCGGCCGCGCGUUGCGAGAACCCCAAACUUCGCACGCGCUGGAACGCUCUCCAGCCAUGCAAACGGAAUUACAGCUGUCAGCCAAAGUUAAUAUUUGCGACCGGCCCAGGGCGUGGGCUCGGCAAGAUAGGCCCGGCGGACAUGCUCUGCUGGCACCGGCGGUUGCAGCGCCAUGUGGACCUCUCCAGGUGUGCUCUGGAGGCAGCUUCGGCAGCAACACCGGCAGCAGCGGCACCGGCAGCGGGGCAGGAGGCGGUGGCCGCGGCGGCCGCAGGUUCCUCCCCAGAGGUCUCCCCGACGACGACCGAGGGGGUGGGUCCGGUGCAGGAGGCGGCCCGUCUUCUCGGCAGGUUGCAUGGGAGGUGUUGCUGGGUCUGCUGGCUUGGGCGGGCGGCGGGUUGGCGGUCGGCUCAGUGGCCGGAUGGCUGGCUGUGGUGUGGGCCGCGGUGCUGUACGUGCUGGAGCCGCCAUCAACUGCUGUGAUACUGUCGUCGUCGGGCGCUUUUGGGUGCGGGCCCUGGAGCCCCGUGUGGCGUUCUGUGGGAGCGCUGUUCAUGACGCUAGCAGAGCAACGGGGCUGGGACAAGAUAGUGAUUGAGAAGGGUGUGCGCUGGCUUCGCAACCGGCGGCGACGCGGCGGCGGCGACGGCGACGGCGGCGGCGGUGGGGGCGGUGCUGGUGGUGGUGACGGUAGUGACCUGCGUGGUGAAACAAGGCCAGCAGUCGCCGCUGCUGACGACCGCCUCACCGCCGCCGCCCCCGCCGCUGGCGCCGCCGCACCUGCAUCCAUGCCGCCACCAGCAGCAGCAGCUGCAGGGCAGGCGGCGGCGGCGGCGGCGGCCGCACCGCCGCCCUCGCCCCCGCCAGCUGCUAUGCAUAAUGCGCAGGGGGUGCCAACCAGCAGUGCUGCAGCGGCAGCGGCGGCGGCGGCGGCGGCUGAGGAGGAGGAGGAGCGCCUGUGCCGCAUGUACCGUACGUGUAUGCGGCUGGGCAUGGUGCUGGCUACUACCGCGGUGUUGGUUGCGGGCGCGGUGGGGGCUGGGGAGCUGACAGACGUGUGCUUCGAGGCGGCGGUGGCGAGGCCCAAUCGGCUAGCCAGGCAGGCCAAGUGGGAGGCGAGGCGGGCGGAGCGCGCGGCGCGUCAUCGUGGGGCGGGUGCGUGAUGAAUUCAGUGUAUGUGUGUGGGGGGGGGAUGUGUGUGUGUGGGGGGGGGGGGGGUAACGUUGAACCAAUCUCGUAAGGAAACAGUCGCGCGGCAAGGAGAACACCAUGCAGGUUGCGUGUGAGGCCCUUGAGGGCGUGCGGCCGCGGCGGUGGGGCAUGGUCUGGGGCGCCCAGCCUGCCCUAGCCCUAGCCCGUUGCAAAGUGCAGGGGCCGGGGGCCGCGGUGCAUUGAUGCAAAGGUGAAGGCCUCUACCGUAUGCAGUAUGCGCCCCUCGUAUAUAGCUGAGGCUUUUUGGCCUAUGGUGACAACUUUCCUGCUUCAUCAGGAGCCCUGAAACGGUUUCAAGAAGCGUCAAGGGUUGCCUGAAGCAAG